AUGGCUGACGGGCAACUAGUGAAGUGUGCCAAGUUGAAGUCUUCAGUCAACAGCCUUGGAAUUUCUGGAGUCCUUAGUAUGACCAAGGAAAGAUUUUUCUUUAGUGGAAAUGAGCCGACCUCCAAAAACCUUAAUGUGGAGUUUAGGACUAUUAAAGGGCAUCAAUUUAACAAGGUGGGUUCCAAUAAGCCAGCGCUUCUCAAACUUAAUCAACACCAGUGUGGUGACAUAAUAUUUGAAUUUGAAACUGUUUCCGAUCGUGACAUUUGCCGAGAAUUUGUGUCUAUUGUAUUGAAUGGAGGAAGAGAAAAAACUAGCUUUGAAAAGCCAACUCCUUCAUUACAGGAUGAACAGCUUAGCACAGUGGAAUUAGAGCACCGGAUUAAGUUACUUCAGGACGACAACGAAUUGCGGAAGCUUCACCAGCAAUUUGUAAGUGGAAGUAUACUCACAGAGGCAGAAUUUUGGGCCACUAGGAAGAAUCAGAACGGCAAAAGGCUACAGCAGAAAAUGGCCUUAAAGAAUGAAAUGUGGACUGUCAAACCCUUAUCGGAUGGUCAGUCUAACAGAGUUACAUUCAACUUGACUCCGGAGAUUAUCCAUCAGAUAUUUGCUGAGAAACCGGCUAUUCGCCAAGCAUACUUGAAUUUCGUACCCAAAAAGAUGUCAGAUAAGGAAUUUUGGACAAAAUUCUCAAGAGCUGAAUAUCUCCACAGCACUAAGAAUGUAGUUGCUGCUGCUGCCGAGGCUGCUGAAGAUGAAGAACUUGCUAUCUUUCUGAUGAAAGAUGUCAUUUUGACAAAGGAAGCUCGUAAAAAGUUGAGACGUGUUGAUCCAGCUUUGGACAUGGAAGCUGAUCUUGGCGAUGAUUACAUACAUAUCCCGGAUCACGGCUUAUGUUGUGAAGAGAGUAAGGAUGCCCGGGAGACACAAUAUGAGCCGUACAGAAGAGACUUCUCACAAGACCUCAAUCAACAUGCUGCUGUUGUGCUUCAAGGAAGAAUACUAGAUGAGCUUCGAGAUCCAAGGGCCAUGGCAGAAGCAAUUGCCCGCACAAAACAAGUCGAGAUGGCUAAUGAUGGGUUGAAUGGAAAUAUGGAGAAAGAUGUCUUGAAUAGGAUGUCAGCUAUGGUUGAGAUUGACGAUCUUCAGGGGCCUCGAGAGCCUACAGUUGCCCCCCUUUGUAUUAGGGAUCCCGUUGAGUACUUUGAUUCCCAGCAAGCCAAUGCAUUAAAAGCAUUAGGAGAUGCUGCAUCUGAUGGAAAGAGUUUAAAGUGUAACAUGAACACAAGUGAAGCGUAUGGUUGUUUAAGAGACCAUGUCUCGAAAAUUAGAAUGACGGGGUUAAGCAAACCAAUCUCAAAUCCAGAAAUUUCUUUUAAGGUGACGAGAUUGAGAGGUGCAAUGUCAAAUAUGUAUCCAAAGGUUCAGGAAAUUAAGGAAUCUGUGCAGCCAGACAUUCGCCAUCAGGUUUCCUUGCUUGUCCAUCCCAUGCUUCAGGCUUUAGAUGCUGCUCUAGAACAUUAUGAGGAAGAUAUAUUAAAGAGAUGUAGUUGA